AUGUUUCUCCUAAUAAUUGUCCUGCUGAUCGUCGCACCUGCACUGACUUAUUAUGUCUCCACAACGCUGUUCUACCAAAACGCCAAGAGCACCACGUUGGGGAAAAGACCGCCAACGAUCCCAUAUCUAGUCCCGGGAGCUUUCCAUGCUUUCAGUUUAGCCUACGACGGACCGCAGAAGUACUUCGGGAGGUUACUCAAGGACUAUGGCAGCUUCGCACCGUUCGCCGUCAAGGCGGGUUUGCAGCCAUUCAUUGUUCUUCGAGACCCUGAACAGAUGAAGAAAGCUAUCCAGGCAUAUGAGCAACGGAAUCCAGUCACCACCGGAAAGAACAUGCACGAGAUCAUCUUGGGUUCCCCUCAAGCUGUUGCAAACCUGUAUGCCAACGCGGCCAUUGACAAAGGUGCCAUCCAGCGUGCGCGCAUAGCAUCAACACGAAAGCACCUAGAAGGCGACUCGUUGACAACUGUGAUCGACCUCUAUGCUGCAACCCUUUCGCGCAAUUUGAAUGACAAGAUGUUUCAGGUCGGCAGCUGGACCCAGAUAGAAGAUGUUUGGUCGUUUUUCCAGCAAGUUCUCACAAGGUGUUCGAUGGAGACCCUCUUCGGUUCGGCAAUCUUUAAGCAGUAUCCUGCGCUCAUCAAGGAUUACUGGAAGUUUGAAGAUACUAUUGAGGGCUUCGUACCGGGAAUGCCAUGGUUUACGAAUUCCACGGCAUAUAAGGAGCCGCGCGAUCGGCUAUACAAAGGCGUUGAGAAGUGGUUGAAAGCUAAUCACAGCGGUACCGAAUUUGCAAAGAUUGGUGGUGACGACGCAGAUUGGGAUGAACACAAGGGUUUGAAAUUCAUUCAAGAACGGGAUGACUUACUUGCGAAAGCCCCGUUACCUCUCGAAGCUAGGGCAGCGGAGAUGUUGGACAUUAUGCACUGCUCAAACGUGGACAUGGUCCCUUCCGCCGUGUGGACAAUAAUAGAAAUCUUACGCAAACCAUAUUUGGUGGAACGCAUCACUGCCAUCGUCUCUGAGCGGCGAUCAUCAGAAGCGACCGCGUAUGAUGUCAAUGGUGUUGCAGCCUCACCCCUCGUUCAAUCUCUACAAGCGGAAGUCAGCCGCCUCCGCGUCGCACAGUACAUGACAUGUGCCAACGAGUUUGCCGAAGUUUCCGUCAGCAGCCAGUGGAAACUACCCAAAGCAUGCAACACAAUUUCUUUCUCGCAUGAUAUCGCGUUGGACACCAAAGCGUGGGCGAACGCGCGGCCACGUACUGUUGAGAGACCAUUGGGUGAGUUCUGGCCUGAACGCUUCUUGAUCCCUGACGACAAUGGUCCCAAAGCGCGAGGCCAACGGAAGAGUGGAAAUGGCGUCGAGAGUGGGAGGUUUGAUGCGCAGAAUCUCGAGCUGCUGGCUCCAGUCUUUUACGACCGGCAGAGUUUUGGACUUGCUAGCGACUAUACCAAGACUAUGCAAGCAGCAACACUAGCUGUCCUAAUGAGCGAGUUUGAAAUACAAUUAUGCGAUCCAGAGGCGACCGAUGCCGCGAUGCCUGCGUUGCAAGAGUCGGCUUUUGGGCAGCUACGACCGCGGGAGAGAAUAGCCGUGCGCAUACGCAAACGCAGAGUUGGGAAGGGACAAUGA